GCCGAAAAUAAACAAAGUGUUUUAUAGGAUAAUAUGAGAGGAGGGACCAAAGUAAAUGUGGCCAAAUACUUUAACAGCCGGAUGCAAUCCAGAAAGCGAACUGUCAUUUCCGGGUUUUGGAAGCGGCUGCGGCGGAAGCACUUCCGGCAUGGCCUACUUGAAGUCCGGACCCUAUCCGGUGCCCGGAUUGGGAUUGCACGGAUUACCGGUGGAUUCGUUACAUUCAUCGAUGGCUGGAUAUUCAGGAGGUAACCAAAGGAAACAACGAAGGGAAAGAACGACAUUCACGCGAGCCCAAUUGGACGUACUGGAAGCACUUUUCGGCAAAACGAGAUAUCCGGAUAUAUUUAUGAGAGAAGAAGUGGCCUUGAAAAUCAAUCUACCGGAAUCCAGAGUACAGGUGUGGUUCAAAAACAGAAGAGCGAAAUGCCGGCAACAGCAAAAGCAACACAACCAACAGCAAAACACCGAGAAGAAUACGAGAUUAAAAGGCAAAACGGCCACCAAUCUCGUAACUAAAUCAUCUCCGACUCCCGUCUCUGUUUCCAGCAAUAAUAACACCAGUACAAGUUCAUCUGGAAGUCCGCCAUUAGCGACGCCAGUGCCACCUCAACGUGACAGCCCGAACUUCAUCAAGCCUCAGCUGUUGCCCACGUGCGGCAGCACCAGCUCCCCGACGGUGAGUUUCCUCGUCCGUUUCCCGUUCCAAUUCCCGAAAAUACGCUUAUUGAAUAAAUUCCAGAUCGCCAGCGCGACGUACUCGAACGCCGUGAACUCGAGCAUCUGGUCCCCGGCGUCGAUAGACUCCUUCUCGCUGGACCAGCACAGGUGGUGCUCCACCUCGCAGUCCUCCGCGCUGACUUCGACCAACUCCCCGUCGAAUUGCUACAACAACUACGCCUAUUACUCCAACAUGGAUUAUCUCAGCACGACCUCGAUGAACCACUCGCAAUUCGCUGAGAACAGCCUGGAGACGAGCUGGAGCAAACGGGACGAGUCUUCGUGGUUGUACAACAGUACCUGGGAUAGAAAAUGAAACGGUUCGAAGUAUCGUGAACGUUGCUGGUGUUAGAUUUUCGUUUAAAGUACCUACUGUAUUUUGUGCAAUGCGAUAUCCGUUCAUAUCACGUUAAGAGAAAAAAAAAGAAUUCAUUAUAAGUACACGAUAGUCGUAUAGUUUUUCGACCAAUACAAUAAUAAUUUUAUCGAAUUUAAAGGCCCCAUGUUAUACUAGUCAAAUUCUACGUGCCAAUAUUUAAGGGAAGAUCAACGAAAAUGUCUUCAAUUUAAUUUUUGUAAAAAUAACUGUGUAUAAAUUUUAGAAAUACAUGUUAAAUAAAUUUUUC